UCGUGUUAGAAGAGUAUGAGAGUUUCUUUGAUCAAUAUUGAAUGUGUGAUAAAGAUUCUGUUGAAAGAGAAAAAGAAAGAUAGAGUGAGUGAUUUUCUUGGAUUUUGAUAUGGGUGGGUGUGUUUCUUGUAUUAAUCAAGCAUUUUCCAACAGGGGAGAGGAAUCACAAUCUGGAAGUGGAAGUGGAAGUGGGAACAGCCAAGUUACUAUUGUUCGCUCUGCCAGGCCUAGUACAGAUAGAAGAAGAGGACGACAAGAGAAUCGUGUUGUUGUUGGGUCAACAGCAGCAACAUUUACAUUCCGAGAGCUGAUAGUUGCUACAGAGCAUUUUGGGCAACAAAAUUUUUUAGGUCAAGGAGGGUUCGGGCGUGUGUACAGAGGUGAACUUAGGGGAGAAAUAGUUGCAGUGAAACAGCUUGAUCAGGAAAGCCAACAAGGAAACCAAGAAUUUAUGGCGGAAGUUAACAUGCUGAGCCUCUUGCAUCACCCAAAUCUUGUGAACCUAGUUGGAUACUGUUCGGAGGGUGAUCAGCGACUACUGGUUUACGAAUACAUGGAAUUGGGGUCUUUGGAGAAUCAUUUAUAUGAGCUUGCUCCUGACAGGCAGCCACUUGACUGGAAGACCAGGAUGAAAAUAGCAUUUGGAGCAGCAAAGGGGUUAGAAUAUUUGCAUGAGAGGAGUGUCAUAUUUAGAGACUUGAAGUCAUCCAACAUCCUACUGGGGGAGGAUUAUCAUCCAAAGUUAUCAGAUUUUGGCUUAGCAAGAAGCGGUCCGGUGGGUGAUCAGACUCAUGUAUCCACCCUGGUGAAGGGAACAUAUGGCUACUGUGCACCAGAAUAUCUCAUGACUGGUCAUCUAACUCCCAAAUGUGAUGUGUAUGCAUUCGGAGUGGUCAUCCUCGAACUUAUUACGGGGCGCAAGGCUGUUGAUGGUAGCCGUCCACCUGAUGAGCGACAUCUUGUUUUGUGGGGAAGACCUCUUUUUAAAGACCGCAAGAUGUUCCAAACACUUGCUGACCCUCUACUUGGGGGGAAUUAUCCAAAGCGAUCACUUUACAAUGCACUUGCUGUUGCAGCAAUGUGUGUGCAGCACAACCCUGAUGCAAGGCCUGUCAUGCCAGAUGUUGUUAGUGCUCUCACAUUUCUGGGUGCAGAUGAACAUGAUGGAGCUGGUUCAUCAACAGCAGCUGGAAAUAGAGAAGAUGCUGGACAGAUUGACACUCCCACAAAUGCUGGAACACAGUUAAACACCAGUGAAAUUGUAGAAGAAAGUCAGCAAUCACAGAGACCCACCAGUUCUACAAAUGUAGAAGAAAGUCAGCAAUCACAGAGACCCACCAGUUCUACAAAUGAGUAAACACACCCAUUUAUUUUGCUGUUCACUUUUUAGUCACAUUAAUAGAGACAAAUUUGCAAAGUUAGGAUUUGUGUAUCCAACUCAUGUCA